AUGGCGGAACACUUGGCUUCAAUAUUUGGUACAGAGAAAGAUAGGGUCAACUGCCCAUUUUACUUCAAGAUUGGGGCUUGUCGUCAUGGAGAUCGUUGCUCACGUCUCCAUAACAGGCCAACCACAUCACCAACUCUUGUUCUCGUUAACAUGUAUCAGCGCCCUGACAUGAUCACCCCUGGGGUUGAUGCUCAAGGCCAGCCAAUUGAUCCCCACAAGAUGCAGGAGCAUUUUGAAGAUUUUUACGAGGAUAUCCAUGAGGAAUUAAGCAAGUUUGGUGAGAUCGAGAAUCUCAAUAUCUGCGAUAACCUUGCUGAUCACAUGAUUGGUAAUGUCUACGUCCAGUUCAGGGAGGAAGAUCAGGCAGCUGCUGCUCAUACAGCCCUUCAGGGCCGUUUUUACUCUGGCCGACCAAUUGUUGUUGACUUCUCCCCUGUGACUGAUUUCCGCGAAGCGACCUGCCGGCAGUAUGAGGAGAACAGCUGCAAUCGCGGUGGAUAUUGCAAUUUCAUGCAUGUGAAGAAGAUUGGUAGGGAUCUGAGGAAAAAAAUGUUUGGGCAUUACAAGAGGCCGUACAGGGGAAGGAGCCGUAGCCCUAGUCCACAUCACAGGAGGGAGCGCCGGGACCGAGAUGAUUACCGUGGCGCCGGUGGUGGCAGAGGCCGUGGCCGUGAUGAUUACCAUGGUGGCGGCGGUGGGCGCAGGGGUGGAGGCAGCAGGCAUGAAAGGUAUGACGAUGGAGGGAGGCGCAGGCAUGGUGGCAGCCCCCCUCCCAGGCGGGCGAGGAGCCCUGUCAGGGAGAGCAGUGAGGAGCGCAGGGCUAAGAUUGAGCAGUGGAACCGUGAAAGGGAUGAAAAGCAAGGGUGA